CCAACUCGUCCAUCGACCUCCAGGGAAAUCACCAUGAAGUUCUCCGCUGUCUUCGUCGGCGCUUUCGCCGCUCUUGCUGCCGCCCAGGGCUCUCAGAUCAGCAGCGCUGUUUCGUCGGUUGCUUCUUCGGCCAUCUCAUCUGGCAGCUCUGCCGCUUCCAGCGCCGUCUCCAGCGCCACUGAGCGCUCUUCCAGCUCUGCCUCGGCCGGCAGCAGCGCCUCUUCUUCCGGCGCCUCUGCCACUUCCUCCAGCCAGUCCUCCGCUUCCAGCAGCGGCAGCGCCUCGGGUUCCAUGACCACCACCUCGAUCCACACCACCACCAUCUUCUACCAGUACCCCAACACCUUCCACAAGCCCGUCUCCCCCACUCUUCUCGGCAGCACCGUCGUCACCUCCACCCAGGGCCAGACUUCUUCCUACUCUCUUCCUUCGGGCGCCUCUACCUUUGACGUUACCGUCAGCAACGUUACCACCACCUACACCUCUACCAACACCUUCCACGGCGCCGUCUCCAAGUCAUGGCUCGUUACCACUUCCUACGAGACUACCAUGGGUCUCCCUACCUCCACCCAGUCUGAGGGCUCUGCUGCCAAGCUCGGUGUUGGUGCUUUCGGUGCUUUCGCUCUCGGUGCCGCUGCUCUCCUGUAAAAAGGUUGAUGCAAUAGCAUAUCGAUGAGUUGAGAGACGACGUUAGAGGUCGAUUGAUGUUGGGAUUAAAUUUCUUAUACACUUUUUUCGCAAGGCGUUACAUCUUUUUUUAUUCCUGGAGUGCAUGAUGGGGACGCCAUUGAUGCUUCACUGUAAUUUACUCACUACCCGAGUGUCCCCUUUGAGAGGGAUCUACGUCAAAUCAUGGGAAUGGUCAAACA